AUGCCAUCCGGAACCGGCGUCGUCGACGCUUUCAAGAAUCUCAUUCGCCAUGGAAAGAACCACCACGCCGUAAGACAGCAGGACGAACCCCUCCAGCCCUACGCAGUCCCGCAGCAUCAGCAUCAGCCGGCCCAGCAGCAUCGCCAGCGCGACAUGCUCCCUCCACAAGCCGUCCAGCCCGCCCAGCACGAACAUCAACACGAACACCACCAACAGCCCGCCAAGAAGAACUCCGUAAAGUACAAGGAGCACGUCGAAUCCAUCGUUCAAGAAGAACGCGAGGCACAAGACAAGAUGCCCAUCUACAAGGGCCUCGAGAACUUCAAGCUGCUAGACAAGAUGGGAGAUGGUGCAUUCUCAAACGUUUACAAGGCCGUUGAUAUUCGAACGGGCCAGAGGGUCGCAGUCAAAGUUGUGCGGAAAUACGAGCUUAGCGCGUCACAGGCCGGUGACAAGCAUCUGAACCGCGAGUUUAAAAAGAAGCCGCGGGUGACAGAGCGCACGAAUAUCCUCAAAGAGGUGCAGAUUAUGCGAGGCAUCAACCACCCAUCUAUCGUAAAGCUCCUUGCGUUCUUCGAGUCACAAGAGCAUUACUUUCUAAUCCUAGAGUUGCUUGAGGGCGGCGAGCUGUUCCACCAGAUUGUGAAACUAACGUAUUUUAGUGAAAACCUAGCACGACAUGUGAUUCUGCAGGUGGCCCACGGCAUUCGAUACCUUCACGAGGAACGGGGAGUCGUGCAUCGAGAUAUCAAGCCCGAAAAUCUCCUCUUCGACAAGAUUGCGAUUGUUCCAAGCAAAAAUUCCCCAACAAAGCAAUUCGAGGAAGAGAAAGAGGAUGAGGGCGAGUUCAUUCCCGGCGUUGGCGGCGGCGGCAUCGGUCGUGUCAAAAUCGCGGACUUUGGCCUGAGUAAGGUCGUCUGGGACGAGCAGACAAUGACCCCUUGCGGCACGGUUGGAUAUACCGCACCCGAGAUUGUAAAGGACGAGCGAUACAGCAAGAGUGUAGACAUGUGGGCGUUGGGGUGUGUGCUAUACACCCUACUGUGCGGAUUCCCGCCAUUCUACGAUGAAAGUAUCAACGUCUUGACGGAAAAGGUUGCGCGGGGACACUAUACCUUCCUAAGCCCCUGGUGGGAUACGAUCAGCGCUUCUGCCAAGGAUCUCAUUACGCAUCUGUUGUGCGUGGACCCUGCACAGCGUUAUACCAUCGAUGAGUUCCUCGCGCAUCCAUGGUGUAACGCCGCUCCAGCUCCAGCCCCUCCCCCUACGCCUUUUACGGCACCCCAAGAUUCGCCCUUACUGAUGACCGCACGCGGUGGCACGUCGUCGGCGGUGCGCUCGCCAGGAAUAGCUACGCUCAAGGAGGCGUUCGACAUCACGUAUGCGGUGCACCGAAUGGAAGAGGAAGGAGCGCGUCGGCGUGCAGCCAAGGGCGGUGCAAACCGCGGGUUCCUCACAAACCUGAACGAGAGCGACGAAGACGACGACGACGACGCUCUGGAACCUGUCACGAUCGCCCGCGGUCGGCAGGUCACACCGGCUGGGCAAGCAGGGAUUGGCGCGGGUGCGAAAGUAGCAGCAAAGCGGGCAGUGCAGGAUUAUGAUGGACGUGCGGGGCCACGCGAUCGAGGAAGGAGGGGAAAUCAGCCUUUCGAGCUUGAUUUGGACAACGCGACGCUGUUGGGGAGAAGACAUCGACGCACGGUGGACGCAGAUAAAAGCAGUCCGCUGGCAAGAGUUACGCAACAGCAGAAGGGUAUGAUGGAUGUGCCAGGGAGUCCAAUGCGCGUGGAUUAG